AUUUCCGGUAUCAAGAUGGUGGCUUCAGCUAUUUAAAGACUUUCUGAACCCUUCUUCGUCCCUUUGUGGAUUUUUUUUUUUUUUAAACUGGAUGUGACGCAUUAAAAGAACCGACGGAAGUAGAACCGAAGGAGUUCGAAAAUGGCGAACCGUACGGUGAAGGAUGCGCAUAGCAUCCACGGCACCAAUCCUCAGUAUUUGGUGGAGAAGAUCAUUCGGACGCGAAUCUACGAGUCUAAGUACUGGAAAGAGGAGUGCUUUGGACUGACGGCUGAACUUGUAGUCGAUAAAGCCAUGGAGUUGAGGUUUGUGGGUGGUGUCUAUGGUGGCAACAUAAAGCCAACUCCCUUUCUGUGUUUGACCUUGAAGAUGCUUCAAAUUCAACCCGAGAAGGAUAUCAUUGUAGAGUUUAUCAAAAAUGAAGAUUUCAAGUAUGUCCGCAUGUUGGGAGCACUUUACAUGAGGCUGACAGGCACUGCAAUUGAUUGCUACAAGUACUUAGAGCCUCUGUACAACGACUAUCGAAAAAUCAAGAGCCAGAACCGAAAUGGGGAGUUUGAACUGAUGCAUGUGGAUGAGUUUAUUGAUGAACUGCUGCACAGUGAGAGAGUCUGUGAUAUCAUUCUACCCCGGCUACAGAAACGCUAUGUGCUAGAGGAAGCUGAGCAACUGGAGCCUCGGGUUAGUGCUCUAGAAGAGGACAUGGAUGAUGUGGAGUCCAGUGAAGAGGAAGAAGAGGAAGAUGAGAAGGUCAGGCUCUCUGGGAGCUUAACAGUUGAAGGAGGGAUAAUUAUGGGGAAGGGAUGGGGGAAUGGUCCUUUCUUGUUUUGUUUUCAGACUUUACUUUUUAACUUUCUUUAACCAAAAAAUACGAUAUUUGAGUAUGAGCAUUGAAUUAAAUAGACUUUGAUUCGUAUCUCAGCUCUCCACAAUCUUGUGCAAAUUAAUUUCAGUCUUUUCUUUUGUAAAGCAAGGCUAAUGAUACCUUUCUCUUAGGAUUGUUAUGGAUAUUAAUAAAAGGAUAUAUACAACGCCCUUAGCACAGUACUGCGACAUUAUAAUUGCCUCAUAGUUGGCAGCUAUUUAAAUAAAUACUUAGGACAAGAAUAAUAAUACUGUGCAUAGUUGAACCUAUCCUAAGGAGUAAGCCUAGUUUAGAAAAAGAAAAUACCUGAGGUGCCUGGGUGGCUCUGUCAGUUAAGUGUCCAACUUUGGCUCAGGUCAUGAUCUCACGGUCAGUGAGUUCAAGUCCCACGUUGGGCUCUGUGCUAACAGCUUAGAGCCUGGAGCCUGCUUUGGAUUCUGUGUCUCCCUCUCUCUCUGCCCCUCCCCACCUUGCACACAUGCUCUCUCUUGCUCU